AGGAGGAAGCGGCGCCUCCGGCUGGAAGCCGGCGGCCCGGGGCUACGCGGGAGCCUGCCGGGAGGCCACGCUACGGAGAUGGAGGCCGCGGAGGCGCCGGCGGAUCCGGAGGAGCGCGUGGUCCGGGAGCGCCAGCGCCAGUGCGCCGAGUUCGCCGCGAUUACGGGCCGCGAGUGCGGUUGGGCCCAGUGGUACCUGGCGGAGAACGACUGGCGGAUGGAAAGGGCGCUCAACUCCUACUUCGAAUCGGCUGGGGACGAGGGGGCGCCGGACGCCAGGCCGAGGACGCCCGCCCCCGCCGCGGGGGUCUGUGUUGACCUGACAAAAGAACCAACAAAUAAUGUCAACAGUAUCUGUGUCGAUGUAGAGAACUGUGGCCAGAAAGAAGAUGACAGUACAUUUUCUUUGAUUACAUGGAAUAUUGAUGGAUUGGAUAUACACAAUUUGCAAGAUAGGGCUAGAGGCGUGUGUGAAUAUUUAGCUUUGUACACUCCUGAUGUGGUAUUUCUUCAAGAGGUGAUUCCACCAUACUACAAUUACUUAAAGAAAAGAGCAACCAGUUACACAAUUAUUUCAGGUAAUGAAGAUGGCUAUUUCACUGUAGUAAUGUUGAAGAAGUCAAGAGUGAAGUUAAUAAGCCAUGAAAUUGUACCUUUUCCAACUACCCAAAUGAUGAGAAACCUUUUGUGUGUGCAUGUGACUAUAUGUGGUAAUGAACUUUGCCUUUUGAACUCACACUUUGAGAGUACCAGAAACCAUGCUCGGGAACGGAUGAAUCAGCUAAAAAUGGUGCUGAAGAAAAUGCAAGAGGUUCCAGAGUCAAUUACAGUUAUAUUUGGAGGAGAUACAAAUUUAAGGGACCAUGAAGUUUCUAAAUCAGGUGGCUUGCCAGAAAAAAUUUUGGAUGUUUGGGAGUUUUUGGGCAAACCCGAACAUUGCCGUUAUACUUGGGAUACACAAGCCAACACUAAUUUGGCAAUAGAGGCUACUUGUAAACUACGGUUUGAUAGAAUAUUUUUCAGACCUGCAGCAGAUGGCUGUAACAUUGUUCCACGCAGUUUGGACCUACUAGGGUUAGAAAAACUGGACUGUGGUAGAUUUCCUAGUGAUCAUUGGGGUCUUCUUUGUGGCUUUGAUGUAAUACUGUGAAUAUUUUUUCAGAUGUAUAUUUUUAAAUUUGUUGUAUAGUUUUCUCUCAUAUUCCUUGCAAAGACUUGAUAAUGUUUUGAACUCUUUGGAAAUGUAUGUUAAUAUCAUCUAAGAGAUUGGAUCUUUGCUGCUAUGUAAUUAUUUCUCUUUGUAGAUUUAUCCCAUAGAUUUUUCAAAAGUCCAUUCCCUCCCCCCCUCAAGAACCUUUGAAGUAAAAGAACUUUUGGAAUUGGCCUUUUGUUCAGCCUAAUUGGUUGAUUUGAAUGAAAUGAGGACAUGGCUUGCUUAGUCCCCUGCUCUGGUCCUGUUUCUGCCAUUGCUGUGAACUUUCUUAGUUGUGGGACUAUGGCUUUUCUUGUUCUUCAUCUUCAUUUUGACCACUUUGUUAAUUAAAAUAGAGUAUAAGAAGAAGAAUGGUAAUAUAAGUAUAUGCCAUUGAGAAAUGAGAUAACACUUAUUUUCAUUUUUGCUUACCUAAAUUAACAGAGGAAAUAACAAGUAAUGAUAAAAGGCAAAUGAAACUUACAAAUCACUAUUUCCUCUGUAGUGAUGGUGUAGGAGGAAAACGUAAAGUAUUAAUAAUAAUAAUAAUAGUUUAACAUAAAUAAUUAUAUUGGAAAAUUGGAUAAUGCAUUUAAUCCUAGUCAUUUAAUAAGCUAUGAAGUGUGUUAGAAUUUUAAGUUCAUGAGAAACCAAUCUUGUAUUUUUAAUUAAAAAGUAUAAAAGAACCACUACUGCUGUCUACUUUUGAGUCACAAAGAAUCUAAGCUAAUCUAAGCUUUCUCCCAUUAUUUGACCCUAGAACAAAGAUGAAAAAAAAAAGAUUGAAUUCAGGUAGUGUUAAAAAUGAAACCAUUUUUGAACAACAUAUUUUGGAUAAUCUGCUUUCAUGGGUAAAUGAGUUAGUGACCCUAUCCUUCUUUUCCUUCUUUAGAGAAAUAGAACCCAACCUUUGGCAUGCCAAUAGAUGUUUUAUAUUUUAGGUUCUUUGAUUUAAAUGCUUGUUGACUUGGAUCUGUUGAAAUUUUGCUAGAUUGUCAUGUUUACCCAACUGCCUAAAUGUAAUUUAAGAAACUUUCUUGUUCAACAGUGUUUAGAGAUUAAGUUGACUCUGUAGCAUAGCACUAGAAAUGUUAGUUUUUCUCCUCUUUUCUGACUCAGAGUGGGGAAUAAAUUAAUAAGCAGAUCAUUUAAUUUUACCAUGUCUCCCCAUCAUUCAAGCUGGAAUAAUAUUUUACUGUGUUUCAUGAGGCCGAGUCAAUUUUUACAUGCUUUAAACUAUUUGAGAGGAAGUUCACAUGUGCAAAAGAUACGAAGAAAGUACCUUUCUCUACUGUUUUAAUAUUUUUCCUUUCUUCUCAAUUUAAAUCUUGUCUGAGGAGAAAAUAAUUAUUUUUUUGGCUCCCAAACUGACCAAGUGACUUUGAGUAAGUCAUCUCAACAUUCCAUGUCAUUUUGUUGUUGCUGUUGUGACUGUCGUCACAGUAACACCUGUGUUGUCUGGGUCUGAAGACUAGGACCAGGGUAUGGACCAAAAGAGAAGAAAAUUAUGGAUGAGAGCUAAAAGUCACAAUAAGUAUAUGGUCAUUGUGCCUAGUGUUAAGUUGUUUGUUUGUGUAAGGAAGGGAAUGGAGGGCAGAACAGAAAAGAUAAAA